AAAUAAUAAUGUUAAUUAUAAAUACCUAGCGGCACGGAUACAGCUAGUACUUAAUGUAACAAAUUAGAGCAAAUCUUAUGGGCUGCAAAUAAAUCCGACAAAGACCUAGGUCAUUAUUGUCGGUGCGCUUAGAAGGAUUGCGACAGUUCAUCAUCAUCAGCCUGCGGCAGUCUACUGCUGGACAUAGGCCUCCCCCAAAGCUCGCCACAGAACCUGAUCUUCGGUUUUACGCAUCCAGUUACUGCCAGCAGCCCUGCGCAGGUCAUCGCUCCAUCUAGCAGGAGAGCGUCCUACACUACAGCCGUUUAGGAGGAGUUCAGUAACAAAUACACGCACAGAAGAAAUAUAUAUAUAUUAAAAUGAUACGAGUUUACUGGUGGUAGGACCUCUUGUGAGUUCGCGCGGUUAGGUAUCACCACCCCGCCUAUUUCUACCGUGAAGCAGUAAUGCGUUUCGGUUUAAAGGCUGGGGCAGCCGUUCUAACUAUACUUGAGACCUUAGAACUUAUAUCUCAAGGUGGGUGGCGCAUUUACGUUGUAGAUGUCUGGGCUCCAGUAACCACUUAACAUCAGGUGGGCUGUGAGCUCGUCCCCCAUCUAAGCAAUAAAAAAAAAAAAAGAUUUAUGUUGCAGGAUCCUUAAGACGGCUGCGAAAUUUUCUCUAUUGCCACCAAGACUGCACUUGCAGAAUCUUUUCUUCUCUCCAUCCUUGAUUAUGCCGAUAUUAGCUAUCUUGACCUCACCGAAGCACGAUUAAAUAAACUUGCGCCUCUUAAAAUUUUCUGCUUAUGUAUUAUAUUUGGCUUACGAAAAUAUGAUCACGUCUCGGAGUGCCUCGCCAAAAUGGCCAUAUUCUCUAUUUGCUUUAGCCUGUUCUCUUUAAUUCUUCCUCUCCUUCUUAUCUCAAAAGACGCUCUGCGUUUAUCCGUGAUACACAUACUGUAUCCCUAAGAUCAUUAGAAAACAUGCAAUUAAUGAUGCCAGUGCAUUCGACAAGGUUUUACGAUCAUUCCCCGGUCAUCGUUCUCGUCGAACCCGUCGCUUCAGUGGGUCGCGGUUCCGAUCCGGUGGUAGAUUCUGCGAAGCACGGUUCUUGCUAGGGUUCGUGUUAGCAACGUCGUCAGGUUUGAACCCCGUGAGCUCACCUACUAGUUAAGGUUACGCUGAUAUAGCCUCUCAAGGCUAUCAGCUUAGGUAGGGAAAAAAAAGGUCAUUCCUUCGCCGUUCAAGCUAUUCGUUUGUGGAAUGCUCUUCCUUCAUACGACAUUACCACAUUAUUUACUUCAAUUGUAUAUAUAUCUAUGUUUCAUAGGCGUUUUAAGUAUGUUUUAUAUGUAAAUUGUUUAUUCAUAGUUGUGUAAAGAAGCAAAACUAUUAUUACGUUACAUUGUGUAUUUGUAUGUAUAUUUAUAAAUGUAUGUGUCGGAGAAGCCACAAUUAUUACACACAUACAUCAUCAUCAGACAUCGUAGGGGCGAAAUAGGGUCAUCGAGCUAAGACAAAUAUUGAGUAGUUACACCAAUCACGCUUGUUUUCUUAGAACUGAGAACAAUUUAGAAAUCUUCUCUUGACGUUAGCAAAUGAAAACGAAUGACAGUUCGAACGAAUGACAGAAACAAAAUCUAAUUGACAAUAAUACUGGCUGGAAACAAAAAUAUUGGCAAUAUUACUGGCUGGAAACAAAAGUAAUUGACAAUAAUACGGGCUGGAAACAAAACUAAUUGACAAUAAUACUGGCUGGAAACAAAAGUGAUUGGCAAUAAUACAGGCUGGAAACAAAACUAAUUGACAAUAAUACUGGCUGGAAACGAAAGUAAUUGGCAAAAAUGCUGGCUGGAAACAAAAGUGAUUGGCAAUAAUACUGGCUGCAAACAAAAGUAAUUGACAAUAAUACUGGUUGAAAACAAAACAAAUGAUUUUUUUUUACAAUUUUUACGACGCGAUUAUUUUUUUCAAAAUAAAUGAUUAUUUCACUGUACAUUCAUACUUUAUGGACAAAUUUAUAAAAUGUACAUAAAAAUUAAAUAAUUUUGUGUAGGUAUAGGGUUUGGCUCUGCUUCUCACUUUAUGUUUGACUCAAGGCUCCAUUACUGAAUUUAUUUAGAUCUAAUCAUCGCAUUUUGGCAAACAAUGGAUCUAUUCGAUGAGAAAUAGUCCGCUUGGAAUGUUUUCUCAAAACAAAUAUCACGACUAUAAUAAAAUUUAAUGAAAAACGGAACGUACUCCGGAAUCACAAAACAGCUGCUAUACAAGACAUCGAUAUGUAGAUGGCGCCACUAAUAGCUAUCGGGCAGUCUCCGCCCGACCCCCGGGCUGUGUUGGGAUUGGCACAAAAAAAAGAGUCCGUAAUUAAUAGAAAGAAAGAAAAAACCCGCGUCUGUCCAUGAUUACAUGUUAAUGUAACGAAGAAAAAAAGAUUCAAUUAACAUUUCUAACUGAGAUGUUAUUAAAACGGUUGUUUAAUUUACAAAUAAUGAGGAACUAAUGUGAUUUGCCGAUCGCUUUGAUUUCAUUAGUGUAAUAGUGAAAUAAAAUAUAAAUAAUUGAUAACGUUCGAUGUGUUUUGUGUUGGUAACGCAGUCGAUUUAAUAAAAUUUUGUUUAAUUUAUCAUCGAGCGGUUUAAAAGCGUACAGUUUUAUUUCCACCAGUCACCGUCCUCGUUGAAGCCGUCGCUUGCGACGAAGGUCUCGACGAGCGAAUGAACCCAUAGACACAGCCCACUGAGUUUCUCGUCGGAUCUUCUCAGUGGGUCGCGUUUCCGAUCCGGUGGUAGAUUCUGCGAAGCACUGCUCUUGCUAGGAUACAAAAAAAUAUAACUAAGAAAAAAAAAGUUUCGAAAACUCAAAAUUAUCUAUUAAAUUGGUAACAUUAAAAUGUAUCAGUGCUGCCCCGAAAAAUAGCAGCAGCUGUGACGGAUACUAAUCCAAAAAAAUAUUAGGCGAUAAAUACCAAUACGUUGUUCAGUGAUGUGUUGAGCGAUUGAGAAUUCGCAAUGGCGACGCCUCCCGAGUCCCCAGUCGAAGAACAUGCCUACGAAUUGGAGCCAAGCAGAACGCCUAAGCCGAUACCGGUCGCUUUAGAAGAAUUGUGCAGGCAAACUAAAUUCUCGAAACAAGAAAUUAGAGUUAUGUACAGAGGAUUUAAAACGGAGUGUCCUGAGGGCGUGGUGCAGGAGGACUCCUUCAAAGAUAUUUAUGCUAAAUUCUUUCCACACGGAAAUUCAGCCUUAUACGCGCACUACGUGUUUAAAGCAUUCGACGUGAAUUGCAGUGGGGCGAUCAGUUUCAGGGAAUUACUGGUGACCCUGUCCACGCUGCUCCGUGGCUCCGUGUACGAGCGUCUCCGCUGGGCGUUCCGGCUCUACGACGUGGACGGAGACGGAGCCAUCACGAGACAGGAGCUGGCCGAGGUGGUCGUGGCGGUGCACGAGCUUCUGGGCAGACGAGCGCCCCCUGGGUCCCCAGCUGCGAGGCUGGACGAUGCCAAAGCCAAUGAACAGGUGGACCGGGUGUUCAGGAAGCUGGACCUGAACCAGGACGGCGUGAUCACGAUCGAGGAGUUCCUUGAGUCGUGUCUGAAGGAUGACGCGAUCACUAGGUCGCUUCAAAUGUUCGACUCGGCACUAUGACGGCAGACCGACGCUGCGCACACUCGAUUCGCUGACAGGGGCCAAACAAAGCGCGCGCCUUCGUACCGCCAUUACUGCGAGUGCGAGCGCGUCAACGACCCCGGCUUCCUGUCUAACAUGGCGGCCGUAUGGCGUCUACGCGUUACAGUAUGCGCACGCUACUACAUCGUCUUCGAGAACUUCUAUAAUCGCGUCGUGAAACCUAAAAUACGUAGCGUUAUGUUCUUUCAUUUUUAAUUGAAUACGCAAUCUCGAAAAGGGCACGUCCCCGAAAAUGUAAAAUGUUCAGGAAAUGAAAAAAAAACUGUUUUUUUUCUAAAGCAGUGUAAAAUUUUAAAUAUUAACUUUUGAGAUAUAUUUUAGUGUUAAUUAGCAAUUGAAAACUACUGGAAUUGUUAUAAAAUGGGUGUAGGUAAGCCUUAAAACUACAUGUAUAUGAAAAAACGUAUUUGACAAAAUAUGCGACAUGUGCCCUUUUCGAAAUUGCAUAUUCAAUUAUAGAUGUAGUGAGAAAUUAUUUUCUUUCGGGAAAACUCCGAUCUUUAUCGAAAUACGAUGACACCCGAACUGUCAAUGAAUGAUCGUAUUAAACAAGUGACAUUUUUAUAUCCAUCAAUAUGGAACUUUAUUGUUUAGUGUCAAAUGUCAAAAUGAAUAAUGUCAUUGUAUAAUAUAGAGAUGCUACAACCGUAACAAUUAUUAAGUUGUUCCUAUUUUUGAAUUUGCUAUUUUCCGAUAUGAAGUACAGGUAAAUAUAAAAUAUAAUUCCUUGGACUGGUUAUUUUAACCGUUUUCGAGGUUGCGGCAUGGCUAUACAACCUUUCUAACAGUAAUCUGAAAAUAUGGUUAAAACUGUAGCGAAUAUUAGAAUUUCGUAUUACCACUCUAAUAUAUUGGUCUGCUGAUGCGACUUACCCUUAUGACCCUUAGAUGGUUACCGAACCUAUUUGAGAGAGCACGAUAAAUACCAACUUUUCCGAAAAAUUACGAAGUAAAAUCUUUUCUCACUAUAUCUAUACUCAAUUAACACGAUCGAAUUAUAAAUAAUAGUUCGAUGAUUGUAAAGAUUCAUUUAGAUUUAUCUCUGAAGCUCUGUGUGCUUAGUGCGAGUUUUUGAACGUUCUCGAUAGCGUAAAAGUUAACUCGAAUUUCUAUGGUGUUUGGAACAGCGCCCCUAGCGGCAAACGUAGCACACCGGGUUUGUAAUGAUGUGUUUUUUUGUAAUGUACGUCAAUAUUCCUUAUUAUUGUGUAUUAGGAAAAAUUGCAUGUGUUUAAAUUUUAACGUUUUAACUAGGCGAUUCCAAGGCAAUACACAAAGAAACCACGAUAUAUUUUCAGGAGCGAAUUCUUGAAGAUCGUGUCUGGAUAUAUUCAUGGACUCAAUGAACGAAUACUAGGCCCAAACCUAUCCCGUGCUCAUAGCUAACGCUGACUAUAUUAGCAGCAUUACUGAAAGCUCCAUAGUCGUAGAAUAGUCCAGCGGCUCACAAUCAUAGUCUUACAAGAUUUUCAAUAAGUUAUUUUUAUCUAAAAUGAUGCAGAGGAAAUGCAUCUUUGCCUAUACAAGCGGUAAAUAUGCAGAAUCUUUUAUGAUUGAAGGAUUACUGGUGGCCCGGAGGCAUUUCCAGUUUCUCCAGAACAGAUGGGCGAGCAAAGGCUCAGCCAGGAGGGGUGGCAUUUGCUAACAGCUACCCGAGCGCCUCCGAUCGAGACCUAACAACUCAAGAGCAGCUGCUUCACAGAUGAAUCUACUACCGGAUCGGAAUCGCGAUCCGCUGAAAUGUUCAGAUACUCACUAAUCGUUGGCUACACAACUAAGUGUUAUAGAAUAAUCACUACAUACCUAGUAUAAAACAAAGUCGCUUUCUCUGUACCUAUAUCUGUCCCUAUGUAUGCUGAAAUCUUUAAAACUACGCAACGGAUUUUGAUGCGGUUUUUAAUAGAUAGAGUGAUUGAAGAGGAAGGUUUAUAUGUAUAAUAACAUCCAUUAAAUAGUGCAGAAAUCAAUAAUAAAUUUCAGCUUCCGAAGCGAAGCGAGGGCCGGUCGCUAGUUAUUUAUAAUUUAGUAAACGAUUCCGGUCUGAUGGUAGAUUCUACGAAGCACUACUCUAGGGCCAGUGUUAGUACACUGUCUCAUGGUCGAGCCACGUGAGCCCACCUACGAGUCACGGCGUACCUGAAAUACCUCCUUUAGUUACCAAUUCAAUUAGUGACAUUUUUGUUCUUAGACAUGUAAGUAGGUCGUUGAUUAAAAACAAUUAAGUCAUUGGACUAUUCUACCAAAGCUCGACGGAUUGGGCUUUAGCUUUAUUCAGCGUUGCAGUAAAACUAACUUUAAGUCUUUGGUGAUUCGAACUUUAAGGGCAUAGAUAAUAGAGUCAUCUCAUAUCGGAAUGAUGGAAAUACUUUUUAAUCCUAAAGCAAUAGGUAAGCGCCAGUUAUAAACAGACAGAUUUGUGCGCGUCAUGAAAACUAUAGAGGGUAGAGGUAAAGAGUACAACUUUGGUAUGAAGAAGUGUUGAGAAGCGACCGCCUAGGAUAGCGUCACCGUAGCAAACGAUGUAAUUUCAAAGAUGGCGUCAAAAAUUGAUAUUGAAGUCGUCGUGGCCUAAAGGAUAAGACGUCCGGUGCAUUUGUAUCUACUGGUGCACCGGUGUUCGAAUCCCGCAGGCGGGUACCAAUUUUUCUAAUGAAAUACACGUACUUAACAAAUGUUCACGAUUGACUUCCACGGUGAAGGAAUAACAUCGUGUAAUAAAAAUCAAAUCCGCGUGGGGGGAGUUACCACCACCCUGCCUAUUUCUGCCGCGAAGCAGUAAUGCGUUUCGGUUUGAAGGGCGGGGUAGUCGUAACUAUACUGAGACUUAGAACUCAUAUCUCAAGUUAGGUGGCCGCAUUUACGUUGUAGAUGUCUUUGGGCUCCAGUAACCACUUAACACCAGGUGGGCCGUUCAAUUCGAUACACUUCGCUCUGUUCACAACUGCUACAUUUAUAUCGCAACACGUGCUACUCGCUGUGCUGGUGAAUUGUUGACUUGUAUUCUGUAGUAUGCUUAGUGCAAGUUUUUUAACGUUCUCGAUAGCGUAAAAGUUAACUCACAUUUGUAUGCAGUUGGAACAGCGCCCCUAGCGGCAUACGUAGGCAAACGAUCCAACUCCAUACCAGUUUGAGUUAACUUUUACGCUAUCGAGAACGUUAAGAAACUCACACUAAGCACACUGGUCACAGCCGGACGCAUUAAGCUUGUCCCAUAUACAAGACAGUUAUAUCUACUUCUACCCUCCAAAAAUAAAACGUACAGAAACUAAAGAUGUCUUGGAAACUCCGCUAGAAGUCAAAAAAGGAAUUACUAGUGAAAAUUAUGUUGUUUUUUUUUGCGUAGACAUUUCAAGUGUAUUUGGUUGUGGUAAUUAUUCUAGUCAAUAUACGAUACGAUAUAUAUAAUAUGUUAGAUCACUUUAGCACUUCGCAAUGUGCUGACGUCCCUUUUCGGAACUCGGUGGCCGAAUGGUAUGCGGCAGGGAUUUUUUUUCUUAAAUAUAUUCUAGUUUAUAUAUAAAACUUUACACAAUACACGAAAAUCGGAAUUUAAUAUUUUGAGUUUGAUUAAUCAUUUUGCUGUUAUAUAGGUCACCGGUGCCCUACGCGGCGCACUGAAGUAAUUAGAAAGUUUUAGUUGGGCCAAUAAACACAAUUUUUUUUUUCAAUCUUUCGCCUAUCUAUAUCCUUCAAUCGAAAAUAUUGGCUGUUUUACCUUCUUACUAGAUAAAAUACUUAAAACCCGUGUGUUUGUUUAUUUAUUUAUUUCUUCGCACCAAUGAGGCGAUCAUCAAUAGUAAAACGUUGACAAAUUGACAAGAACCACGUGAUAGAAGUCACCUUAAUUAUAGAUGCAACCGUCAGUGCAAAAGGUAGCUGACAAAAUCUUGAAAUUAACAAAAUAAGCAUAAUGGAAUAAAAGUAAAUUUACAAAUUUUAUAUUACGCUUUUUUGGUUGGAUUCCCUUUGCAAGUAUCCCGACUUUAAAAAAAAAGGAAACCAUUUUGUUUUGCUGUCAACAGGGUACUUAAUCUAGAAUUUUAACUUCAAUUUGAAAUUCAAUUUUAUAAAUUUUACUAAAAUUGAAUUUGAAGAAAAAACCUUAAAUUGCUAUAUUCCGUUUUUAUCUAUUGAACUCACAUCGCUGUCCGAAUAACCUAAAAUAUGUAAUCGAUAUUGUUUUAACUAUGAUUCUCAGUUUAAUUAGGAUUUUAAUUGUGAUUAAUGUUCCUUAAACCUAAGCAAUAAAUAAUCAUAUCAUUGUUUCGAUUACGUUUUAAAAUAAGACUAUUGUACUGUAAUAUCUUUUUUUUUGUUUUAUAAUUGUCAAUGACAAGCAUAUUUGAUAAAUAAUUUUAAUUAGAGGUUAUUUUUGAUAAUAAAAUUGGCAAUGUUAAUUUUGAUAUUGACCUCAGAAAGUCAAAAUACCCGUUGAAAAUUGUCAAUAUUAUAUGGCGUCACUAUGGCUAUAUUCCCAUUGGCACUGUGAACACUGUAAGGUGUAAUGUCAAUUUAGUAUACUGCGAACCUUUCCACCAUUCCUUUAUAUUUGGCUAUGCUAGUCACUGCUUAAAACGGAACGUAUACUGUCAUCGACCUUUUUUGGCCUUGUUUCUACUUCAACAAACAAAUAGUUUAAAUUUAGUUACAUUUAAAAAUUGAAUUUUCAGGCUGUUGUCAUUUGAAUUAUUCGCAUAAUGAUAAGGAGUAUACUUUUUAGUAAUAGAAACUAUUUGUUUUUUCAAGCGAUUUAGUAUUUAAUAUCUUAAUAACUGAAUUAUUAAAUAAGGUUAAGCACGGUAAAAGUGAACACAUGAUCAAAGCAGUGAGAGCAGUUUACUUCGAAAACACUUACAGUGCUCAUAGUAGAAAAAUGGCGACGAUUUUUGAUGUCAUUAAUUUCGUUAGGAUACUGCUACUAUACACAGUCAGUCAAUGUCAGUCUUAACGGAAUGAAUUUCUCUCCAUUAAGAGCACUGAGCAAUGCUUGUAGUGUAAAUCGGAACGUAGCCUUUAUAUGUCACAAGGAUGACAGACAACAACGAAUGAGAAGACGCUCUACAAAAAUCUACUAUCUCUUUCUUUCAGAAUGGUUUACAGAAAUUUUAAUUUAUUCGGGUUAUAAUAGUAUGGAUUACAUCUUUUUAAUCUAAUCCAAUCUAAUCUAGAUAACAUUGAUUCAGAAGUAGUAAUAGUUUUAUUUUUCAAGCUGAAAAGGCAGAGGUCUUAUACCAUAUACCAUACAGCCUAAUCUUUUAUUUAAUGAAAUAUUUUUUCAAAUGAGAAAAUGUUAAUAUGUAGUGAAAUGAAAUGAAGUUGAUUAUAAUAUGAAACAUGGCAUGAAAUGAAAUGAAAUGAGAUGAGAUGAAAUAUAAUCUUAGUAAAAUGGUGGUCAUUUCACUGAGACUUUCAGUGGACUUUUUGGAGGAUCCCGAGAAGUUACGCUUUGUUUUAUUUUCUCACAUUUGUGCACUUUCACAGAUCUUAAGCAGUUAAUAAACCACCGUUAUUACGCAUUUAAACCUGAAAAGACGCUAAAUAGACAAAAUAAAACAAUUCACAGAACUUCGCUCCUCGCGUUCCCGCCAAAAAGUCUUAACAUUGAUUACCUAAUUUUGAUUAAUUUUAUUAUUUUAAGCAUCAUGGCCACUACGUUCAUAAAUCGCGCGGCAAAUUAGAUUUUCCGUUUCACGCAGAGUCACUUAAAACUUAAAUGAAUUUGUCGUUAUAUGAUGAUCGUUACAAUUAGAAACUAUUGCCAUUUAUUUAGUACGUGUGUAAGUAAAAAUUAAUGUUAACAAUAAAAUUAAAAAUAUCUUAUGAAUUAAAUGUUAUUGUCUAAAAUUAGUACAUUUUUUUUGUCUUUCUUAAAUAUAUAAUGUUCUAGUUAACAAUGUGUGAAUGUUCAUGGAAAGCAUACUUGGUGAUGCAUUUAUAUUAUAAAAAUAAGAUUUCUCGUAACGAUCGUAUUGAUUGUAAAAUAAUAUUACCUAAAUGUAUUUUAAAGGUUAUGAAAUUUGUUUAAAGAAAAUUAUAAACUUAAGGAAUUGCUUCGAAAGGAAUUGUAAAUUUUAUUUUGUAUACUUUUUUAAGCAUUUUAUUGUAUUUUACUUUAAAAUUUCUACAUAACAGUUUCCGUUUGCGCGCUGUAGCCACUACUGACUGAUCGUGGGCGAACGUGUUAAUAAUGUACAAUGAACUUUAUUAGCAGAGGAAAAGAACAGAGAAUUGUUUGUUAAGCAUUCUUAGCUCUGUCCCUUACGCGAUUUAGUUAUAAAAUCAUUUGUUAUAUGGCGGGUAGAAGUAAGAAGCAUCAUCUUUGUGUAUUAAAAAUUGUUCGCUGAAAGAGCCAAUUAAGGUGGCGCCACUGUAGCAAGUGGAAAGAUUAAAAAAACAGCGCCUUAGCUACAACACUUCGCUCUGUUUGAAACUGCUAUAAUCAUAUAUUUUCCGCUUCCUACACUAGCGCUAUGUCGGUGAGUCUUCCAACUAGACUUGCGCAAAACAUCACUUCCCAAUGUAAUGUGAUAUGACAUCACUUUUACAGACAGGUGAUAUUACUCGAAAACAUUACACAUCACUCUUAACAUUACUCGGUGCAUUCAAUAGAUACUGUGACGACGAAUGCAUUGUGUUGAUACACAUCACUUAGGUAAUGAUUCGGGUGUGUCAUUACAGUAGUGUAUUACAAUACAAAGUAUGAAUUUUGUAUUGUUAUACACUGUUAUAUUACUUGACAGAGAUUGACUUACUUAAUAAUAUAAUAAUUUUAUGUAUUACUUAAUAUAAUUUAUUGUGGGAUGAACGGAUUUCAUAUGGCGACUUAGACUGCAAAUUGUGCUCGACAAUAAUGUUAAUAUACGAGAGCAGUAGAUGCAUUGUUUCGGCGCGAUAUCCUCAAAGUGCAUCCAAGGAGGACUGUACUUUCAUUUAGACGCCGUUAUUUCUUUCACUUAUUAAACACGCAUUAAAACAAAUAAUAAAACUAUCUUCAAACAAGUGCUUAAGUAAUUCAAACACAAAAAUUAAUAUGAAAUAUUACUAAACAAUUACGAGCGACUAGCGAUUUUACAAAAGUUGCGAAUAAAAAAUUAAGUAACUACUUGCGGGGAACUACCGGCUGGCCGCAUGAAAAAUAUAAACACAAAUACCUAUAUUAAAAUUCAGACGUACCAUAGGUAUAAAAAUGUACCUAGCGGCCAGGGCAUACGGUUCAAAAUCACUAGGAAUAAUUCCGUGUCGCUUGCUCAUUUAUUUUGCGUCGAUCGGUCUGUCUGUCUCGCUCGGUUCCGUUCAUGUAAUAAGCAACAUUACACGACAAAGAAAGAAACAUGUUGGGUGAUAGUGUGAUGUUUGUUUCCUUCGCGUAAUGUGUGAUGUUGCAUUACAUCGUAGAGUAAUAUUACCGGAGUAAUAUCACUCGCAUUACUUACACAUGUCUACUUCCAACAACAACUCACUGUUUACAGACGGUCAUUUUAUCAACUUGUCCCCCAUAGAAGAUGGCGCUCCUUACCUCUAUCCUCCAUAGUUUGUUACUAGAUAAUAUUCUUUAUUUAAGAAGAUCCGUAUUGUUGUUAUUAGUAUAUAAAUUAAUUAUUGAAGUGUUAUUUUUUUUUAAUAGAUUUUAUUACGUUUUUAUGUUUAAAUAUAAUGAUAAUCGUUUGUUUUCUUUAAAAAUGUAGUCGAUAGGCUGUUUAAAAUUUGUUACCCAUCAAUCUUUGCUAAGUUUGCGGAAUUGACAUAAAUAGGUCAUACAUCAUCUUAGUUUGACCUAAAAACUGCGUGCUGACACAAUUUGCACGGUUAUUAAUGCGAUCAAUUUUGUCUACUGCUGUCAGCAUUUUAUUAGUUUUAUCCUCUAUUGAUGGCACCACACUACAAAAUGGCGUAUUAUCUGCAAAUGAUUCAAGCGUCAUUCAAAUCGAGCAGCAAACUUGCUUAUACAAGCUUUGUCAUAUUAUUCUGAGAAGCAAAGUAACGCCAUUUUGUUUUACGAAGAAAAAAAUAUAGAAAAAAAAGUCAAAUUAGUAAUUUUUGAGGAUUAAAAAUCAAAUCUGUCGAUGAAACAAACUAUAUAGUACAUAGUAUGUUUUUUUACUAGAAUUUCUAGAAAAACUAGAUAUUUCAUUUACCCCUAAAUAUUGUUUUUUACGUUAAAAUUUUAGUAUUAUAAAUACUUUAAUAAGACAACUUAUUAUUGUUGUUAUAGUUCGAGUGAGAUAUAAUUAUUAGUAAUAAGCGUUAUGAAGCUUAAAAUAACCUUCGUUUUUUUUUUUAUACAUUUCAUAUCAAUUCGACCUAUGUAUGGUUCAAAGGAUAAGACAUUAAAAGGAUAACGUAACUAUGAUCAUCGCAGUAGCUGCUCGUCCUUUUUAGGUUCCCAAAGUUUUUAUAUCAAUUAGGCUAACGGUUCUCAAAUUUUAAGUGAACUUGCACACACACAUUCUCUUUUAUAUAUCUACAAAUUUUGUAAUUUACAAUUUUAAAAAUAACGAUUAUUUUGAGCUUCAUAAUAAUUAUAAAUGACGUUUAUUCAGAAUCUGAAUGUGUAAAUACAUACUUCGGUCCGCUGUAUCGAAACGUCCGUCAAUAAAACAUACGUUCUUCAUGUUAUUAAAA